UGCCUCAUACACAACCAAAGUUAUUACACCACUUUCAACAUCAACAACAAACACGUUUGACUAUGCUACAGUCUAACCUCCAAUAUCGCUGCAUAGGAAGGGGCUUUUGUGGUAGUGUCUGGACUCCUGGAAACGCCCAACACAAUGACGACGGGCAAGUUGCCAUCAAGCGCGAAGAUGGCGGACCUGGUAGAUCAGUCACGAAUGAUUACAACAUGCAUCUUCGAGUUCUCCAGAGCGCAAUCCAACAGCCACCAUUGAUGCCUCUUUCAAUUCCUUACUGCCACAAUCUUGUCCAAACCGACGAUGCCUGGUGGCUAUCAAACCUACAUCAAUUCCCUUCUGGCUACACUGCUUGUAGAGCGCUCAUCUCGGAACGAAUCCCUAAGAUCCCAAGGCCAAUCAGCAACAAGAUUGUAGAUCUCUUCUGCGCUGGCAACGCUCAACUAUCCACUUUCGUGAAAGGCAACCCAGACGAUGAUGCAUGCCUUAUUCGACCAUAUUUGGGACGUCGGCGCCGGCACAGACAAGAGGGGAAAAGCGAAUCACGCUUCCAGCGCUUCAGUCUGCGGAACGUUCCUUUACACAUCGAUCAAAUGGAAGCCUCAGAUCUCUGCGCUGGAUUAUAUGCAGAGACUAUGGCAGAGGCUCUCGCACUGAUGCACUGGGGUGCGGAAAUUGAUGCGAACGACGUCGAAUUCGUGCUAGCUCCACCGCGAAGCAAACAUACACAAUCAAUGGCUUUUCAGUCUGACUUUCUGGGUACCCACUGCAUGUGGAUCCUCGAUUUUGACUGCUGUCGGCCUAUGCGGAUGGACGCAGAGGGAGUUGAGCAGGCCUGCGCAGCAUUUUUUAGGAAUGAUCCCUUUUAUCCAAGGCCGGGGACUGGAGAGACAGCUGAUGAGGAGCUGUGGGUUGUUUUCAAGCAAAGAUUCCUUAAAUCUAGUUACAAGUUUCUAGGCGGAGCAAGACAGCAUAUAUGGCUAUCUCAACUCCAGCCAAACAUGAACUUGCUCGCCAUCUAG